AUGUUGCCCAAGGCCUGGCUGUCAGUCUUCGUCCUCACGGUCGCAUCGUCGGCCUUUACCCUUGAGGAUCUUCACAUGGACGGCAUCAAUCAGUACAUCCACCAGGGCAAGAGGCAAGACGCCGAAGGCACCGGCGCCUCAUCAGCAUCCGCCGCACCCGCUACAUCAUCGGCUGCACCACCAGCUUCAUCCGCCGCUCCUCCUGCCACAUCGUCCGCUGCGCCGCCUCCAGCAACGUCAGCAACUCCCCAACCAGACCCCCCCACCACCAACAAUCCAGCGCCGUCGAACGAUCCCACAUCCGACGCUCCUGCGCCUUCAACUCCCGCAGCGACACCCACUACCGAUGGCGGAAACAACAACAACAGUAAUAACAACAACAACGACAAUACUCAAACAAGCGCGGAAGGUACGAGUGCCACUGGGGGUGGUGGCAGCGUUGGUAAUUCAGCAACCCCCACCCGGGAGGCGAGCUCUUCCGUAAGAACGACACCGAUUGUCAGGACUACCCCACUCGUUUCGACCUCGUUUUCAGAGUACACCACGACUGUUACCUCAACCCUGGAGAAUGGUCAAGUUACCACCGCGACCUCGACGGGCACUAGCACUUCCCUUACCACCACUGGUCAAGCCGUCGUUACAGACCCACCCACCGCACAGGCAGGCGACAGUGACAACGGCGGUGGCAUCAGUGAUUCCAACAAGAAGGUUAUUGGAGGUGUUGUUGGUGGUGUAGGCGGUGCCCUCCUCCUCGGUGGCAUCGCGCUCGUCUUCUGGCGCAUGAAGAAGCGCCAAGCGCGCGUCCACGAAGACGACGACGACCUUAUGGCCGGCACUGGCUCAGCCCUCGGUGACAAGCCCCAGAACGGUACUGGCUCAUCACCCUUCCAGUCGAACCUCGAGCAGUACCACAACCCUGGAGGACGCCCCAAUGCGGCUGCCAAUUUCUAG